CUAUAUAAUAUUUUAGAUAACAUGAACGUGAAUAUAAUAUAAUAUAUAAUAUGAAACAACAGUUAGUUUUUAUAUAUUAUUUUGAAACUAAAUUGGUCUUCUAUAUUUUAUAUUUAUUUUAGAGAACCCAACAUCAAAAUUCAAAAUACAUGCAGUUUCAACUCAUAUGGGCCAUGCUUUCCCGGGCCAAUAGCUGUUCUAAACCCAAACAUGAAGCAGUUGAAAAAGGGAGGCAAAAUAAUAACCGUCAAUGACCACUCGCCCAUAAGUAAUUGACAAACCCCACACUCUCUCUCUAUCAAGAACUGAGUUUAGUCAUGUUUGGCUUCUUGUUCCAUCGAUGGCGGAAAGCUUCCAAAUGUAAAAAACUGUUGCAGCAGCUUCAGUCUCGUCUUAAGCUACUCAAGAACAAGAACUACGCAAUUUCAAGACAUUUACGUGACGACAUUGCUCUCUUCAUCCGCAUCAAUGACCACACACGAGCUCUCCUUCGGACCAAACAGCUACUCCUUGUCCAAAACUCGAUCUCAAUAUACGAUUUGUUGCUUCAGUUCUCUGACUUUAUCCUUCUCCACUUCUCCUCCAUUAGGAAACAUAGAGCGUUGGUUAAUGACGACCUUAACGAAGCGGUUUCAAGUCUUGUCUUUGCCUCUGCGAGGUGUGGUGAAUUACCUGAGCUAGUUGGCAUCAGAGAGCUUUUUCUUCAACGUUACGGUCAAAACUAUGUAACAAAGGCUCUUCAGCUUCUCCCUGGACAUCUUGUUAACAUUCAGAUCAAAGAGAAACUGUCGGCAACUACGGUGCCUGAGGAUUUGAAGUCUGCAUUGUUGGAUGAAAUAGCAAAAGAAUAUGGUCUACGUUUAGAAAUGUUAAUGCUGGAAUAUACACCAGAAGUUGAAAAACAGGUAAAUGAAGAGGAAGAGAAGAAAGUAGUGGAUUCGGAUUUUAAUAGUUUCUCAGAUGAUCAAUCACCAGAAGUGUAUAAAUUCAGUCUUACGGAUGUGGAAGAAGAGAAGAGUAAGGAAGAAAGAUCAAUGGAGGAUGAUGACAUAGAGGAGACUGAAGUUGGAAAAGAUGAUCAUAGAGUAUUCAGAUUCAAAGAAAGUAGUGAAGAAGAGAUAUCAUCACUCUCAUCAUCAGGAGGGUUUAAGGACAUGGAAAGUUUGAGGUACUAUAAGAGGCGAGAAAAGAUUCGUACAAGGAGAAGAUCAUCAUCAUCACCAACAACUUGUUAUCAUAUAGUAUACAAUGUGUUUUGGGUGAAGAAUGAAGAGGAGGAAGAAGAAGUAAGAAGAAGAUUAUUACCCAAACAUGUUCAUCCUAAGCUUCCUGAUUACGACCAAAUUGCUGCUCAGUUUAAAGCCCUUAGGACACAACAACGUAUGCAUUCUUAACCAUUACUUCAUAACUCCUUUUAUUUUGAAAAUUGAUCUGUUUUUUUUUUUCUUUUCAUUUUCACAUAUUUAAACAUUUACUUGUUCGUUUUUCAUUAUUUACACUUCCCAUAACUAGAGGAGCACCACUUUCCCAUAAUUCACUCUUCCCCACUAAUGCAUAUCUUCAGGAAGUUUGUGUAUC